CAGCGGCCUUUUUCCACAUGAUCAGCCGUGUCCAAUGACACGCUGAUCACCGGGAAAUGCAAUUGCCGGUUCUCGGCUGCACUUUCCUCACGCUAUCAGAGUUGCCCAGCAGUGCCACCUACCAGUUCCGCCCACCUGUGCCCAGCAGUGAGCCCACCUGUGCCACCCAGCAGUGCCCACACACCUGUGCCCAGCAGUGCCACCUACCUGUGCCCAGCAGUGCCACCCACCUGUGCCCAGCAGUGCCACCCACCUGUGCCCAUCAGUGCAGCCCAGCAGUACUGCCAGUCAGUGCCACCAGUCAGUGCCCAGCGGUUGUGCCAGUCAGUGCCCAGCAGUUGCGCCAGUCAGUGCCUAGCAGUGCCGCCAGUCAGUGCCCAGCAGUGAUGCUAGUCAGUGCCACACUAUCAGUGCUGUCUAUCAGUGCCACCUAUCAGUGCCGCCUAUCCUUGACACCUCAUUAGUGCUGCAUAUCAGUGCCGCCUAUCAGUGCUGCCUAUCAGUGCCCCAGUGCCCCCUAUUAGUGCCCAUCAGUACUGCCUCAUCAACGC